AUCCAGGAGAAAAUAAAAAAGGACAGAAGUAAUGGCAUUAUUCACUUCUCUCUAUGUUGUAAAGACGGGAAACUGCAAUUAGCUCCAAGAAAAGAUCCUCCUAUGUUGUUAAAAUCUCUUCUUGAUUAUGAAGGUGGACUAAAAGCCAAGAGAUUUAAAUCUAAUAUCCGGAAAUGCAACUGCCAGUUUGCAUUUACAUCUUUUGGAGCUAAAAUAGAUGACACUGUAAAUACAGGACAAGGACCUUUUUGCUUCAAACUAUGUGGACAAUGUUGUCAUAGAAUUGGAUCACUUUUACCUCCUGAAGGUCAGAAUCCAACAUUUGCACAACUCUAUGUUUUUGAUACAAAUAAUGAAGUCCAUAAUAGAUUGAAUGUGGCUAGCACAUCAACUGAUGAUGAUCCUUUGAACAAAGAGAUAGUUGAAGAUCUAAUAAAGAUGUUUGAUGAAUGCAACAAAUUAGUGCAAGUUUUCCAGAGAGCUAGAGAUACAUUGGUAGAAAAUGGAAUACCAGAAUUUCAGCUCAAAUUAUUAAGUGGUGGAGGACCUGGUGAUCAUCAAUAUUCUGCACCAUAAUGGUAGAAACUGUUGGAUUAAUAAUCGGAGCUGAAGAAGAGAUUGUGCAGGGUCGAGAUGUGAUCAUUCAACAUAGGAAUGGUAUUGUGAAAAGAAUUAAUUCAUCUUUUCCAU